CGUGGUGUAUCAGCUCUCUAUCAUUUUGUCGGUUGUAGUGCUGUUUUGCCUAAAUAUAUCAACAGAAAACCGACAGCGUGCUUGACAGAUUGAUCACAAUGAUUUAUCGACUGGCCAAUUUCAAUUUUUUCCAUAACGAUGAUGAUAAUUUGAUAAAGUUUAUCACGAGGAGGGCAAAUUGAUAUUAAGUCGCAUUAGUUGACAUCACGUGGUUGAAGCACACACCGAUAAGACAUAGACUGCGUGGACGAACAACUAACAGCGACGAAGUAAAUAUAUAGAACCAUGGAUAAUCAGGGAAUGGAAAACCCAUUAAGUGGCCAGCAACAUCCGCCAUAUCCUCAACAGCAGUGGAAUCAACCGCCAUUACAGUACGACCAACCCGUUGGAUAUGCCCAAUCGCCAAUCGUGGUGGCCGCGCAACCGGUGACGCAAGGACCAAGGCCGCGAAGCUACAGCUUCCCACAAGGAAAGAUACCCACCGUUGUACUUCUCCUCAUCGCCUUCGCAAACUUCUUGAUGCUCAUGGUUUUUGGCGUUUGGUUUAGAAUCUGGUUGGUUGUAGCCUUCCUUGUCCCAUUAAUCAUCCACGGAAUUGCUGCAAUGUUUGGCUUUGCCGGCUCGUUCCGAGAACAGGGAUCGGCUGGGGUGGCUAUUAUUUGCGUUAUUACUGCGUGCAUUUCAUUAGCUAUUUCACUUUGGCAGGUGAUAGUGAUUAGUGAGGAUAUUGCCUUAAUAGAUGACCUUAGUAAAACGUGGCUUGACCUGAUUCACGUUCUCCUGGAAGCAGUGGCCAUCCUCUGCAGUAUCGCUCUGAUUGUGAUCCCAAGCAAGGCCGCCUGCUGCUCGCCCCAACCAGCAGCAACAGCUUCAGUCGUAUAUAAUGUGCAAGCAAAGAACUGAGGAAAAUACAUAAGGAUGUACCAUUGAGGCUUCAGGCCCGUCCCUGGACUUACGUGUUUGAGUUUGGAUAGACCUAAAGCACCUUGAACACUGUCACUUCGUUUACAGUGUUUUGUAUAUUGUACAUGCGCAUCUAUCUGUACAUCUACAUGCGUAUUUUAAUGAAAUAGAUCCUAAAACGGUGAGCAACAUGUGAUGAAACAUCUUAACAACCGCUGAUCGAUAGCCCUGUGAUCAGGUGAGAUUCCGCUAUAUUGUAUAUUCUGGAUUCUGUAAUCGAUCUCGGCUUGGCGCCCGCUUCCCUAACGUGUUCUCCUCGGUGUCGCUCGACUGACCGUCCGGCUGUCCCUGCUGCAGAGGAUGGGAUUGCGGACUCAUUACGUGGUCUCCUCCUCAGCAGCGGGUACGACACGAGGGGUUCAGCCGAGCACACCAUGGUCAGAUUACUUACACGGGUGUUUUGAUUCAACUUGAUAGGUUGUACAUGUGGUUUUAAACUUGUAAAAUAUUUGAUUCAACUUGUUAGGUUGUACAUGUAGUUUUAAACUUGUAAAAUAUUUGAUUCUCCUUAACUGGAGGUUUUAAUAAAUAAAAUAAAAUAAAAUAAAAU